GCCUGUGGGGAAGCAAUUCCGCCACGGACCAACAUGGCGGCGCCCAGCGAAGAGCAACCGUUUUCCGCCGGUGUUGAAAAAAAUUGGGGUACAGUCAUGCGUUCCCCAGAGGGGACCCCCCAGAAAGUCCGGCAGUUGAUAGAUGAGGGAAUUGCCCCGGAGGAGGGAGGCGCAGAAGCGAAGGACACAACUUCCACAUUCCAGUCAGCUAAUGGGUCACCUCAAGCAGAAGAACCUCCAUUGGAGUCUACAAGCAAAGAAGCCUUUUUUAACCGAGUAGAAACAUUUUCCUCUUUGAAGUGGGCAGGGAAGCCCCCUGAACUGUCUCCACUUGUCUGUGCACAGUAUGGCUGGGUCACGGUUGAGUGUGACAUGCUCAAGUGCUCCAGCUGCCAAGCUCUCCUCUGUGCCAGUCUGCAGCCAGCUUUCGACUUCGACAAGUAUAAGGAACGAUGUGCUGAGCUGAGGAAGUCCUUGUGUACUGCCCAUGAGAAGUUCUGCUUUUGGCCAGACAGCCCGUCUCCAGAUCGAUUUGGGAUGUUGCCAUUGGAUGAGCCUGCUGUUCUUGUUAGUGAAUUCCUAGACCGCUUUCAAAGCCUUUGUCACUUGGACCUGCAACUUCCUUCCCUGAGGCCAGAAGACUUGAAAACUAUGUGCUUGACGGAAGACAAGAUCAGUGUUCUGCUACACCUGCUUGAAGAAGAAGUUGAUCAGCAAAGUAAUGAGAGAAAAACUACAAGCAAAUUGGGCUCAGACAUCCAAGUGCACGUCACAGCCUGCGUUCUUUCUCUGUGUGGCUGGGCAUGUAGUUCUCUGGAACCCAUGCAUCUUCCCCUGAUAGCAUGUUCACAGUGUAUGAGGAAAGUUGGUCUGUGGGGCUUCCAGCAGAUGGAGUCUAACAUGGUUGACUUGGACACUUCCUUUGGCCUGAUUGGCUCCGCCAUCCCAGGAGCUGAGGGCCGGCCUGAGCGCUUCCCUCUGGUGCCUGAAUCUCCGCGGAGGAUGAUGACCAGGAGCCAGGACGCCACGUUUUCCCCAGGCUCAGAGCAGGCUGAAAAGAGCCCGGGUCCCAUUGUCUCUCGAACUCGUAGCUGGGAUUCUUCCAGUCCUGUUGACCGGCCUGACCCAGAAGCAGCCAGCCCCACUACCAGGAGCCGCCCAGUAACCCGCAGCAUGGGAACAGGAGAUUCUGCUGGCCCAGAUGUACCCUCGAGCCCUCUCCGGAAAGCCAAACGAGCUCGCCUCUGCUCUUCCAGCAGCUCAGACAACUCUUCCCGGAGCUUCUUUGAUCCAACUUCUCAGCAUAGAGAUUGGUGCCCUUGGGUGAAUAUCACACUCGGCAAAGAAAUCAGGGAGAAUGGAGGAACUGAGCUCGAUGCCAGCACCCCAGCAGAGCCAGGCUGGAAGGCAGUGCUGACCAUCCUGUUGGCCCAUAAGCAGUCUAACCCACCCGCUGAGGCAGAUUCCAUGAGUCUCUCAGAAAAAUCAAGAAAAGUGUUUCGAAUAUUCCGACAGUGGGAGUCUAUAUGCUCAUCCUGAAGAUAGUCCGUCUAGCCCCUGUCUGGAGAGAACUGGAAUGGACUACCUUUGAAAUACAAAAGUCUCACUUCCCUUUUGGUCACCUGAUGUUAAGUAUUUCUCCGUUCUGGUUUAAUGUCAAGUGCAAAGUGACAAUGAGUGUCAGCUGCCUGCAUGACGAAGAGGAGCGAGCGUCAAGGUCCAUGCAGGGUGAGCUGCAGCAAGCCCGCGUCUGUCAGAGCCUCAGGGUCUUGAAACCAGAUAGAAGACCGAGGAUUGGAGUGCUCCAUUCAGUGGCUCUAGUGUGGGCACAGUGUUCUGAGGACUUGUACAGCCUGGGAAUAUGAUAGCGAGUGCUAAUAAAAUGUUUGCCAAGGUU